ACAACAGUAUUCCAAACCACAGGGCUGCAGUGUCUGUUGAUUUUUAUGGACGAUGUCCCCCCCCGCCGUGAUUGCUUGGCUCAUGUAUUCUAGGGAUACUAAGCGUGAACUGCAUUAUAGUGUAGGGACUGCUCCUAAUGUUAAUAUUAUAGACCAAAGUGGCCGGAAAAGAUUGGAGAUUUCCUUGCACGAAGUCAUUUUCGUUAAGUUAUGUCAGUAUCUCGGCAUACAUUUUCCAUCCAAUUUGAUAGAAAAUGCUAACGAAGGUGUUAACUAUAUCCAAGUGGUAGCUGGAGGGGGUCGAGUGUCACUGUGUCAGUUUUUAAAAUUUGGACGUACAAGUGCCAAAAUGAUAUAAGUUUGGCCCGUUUGGGGCGCUGCCAAUAUCAUCUCUCUUUCCUUUCCUUUAUUUCAUGAUUAGGGAUUUUCAUAUUGCAAAAAGAGAGGAAGAUAUUGGCUACUAUGCCGGUUAUGUGGGGUCUUCAUUUAUGCUUGGUAGAGCUCUGACAUCUGUUUUUUGGGGAAUUGUGGCUGAUCGCUAUGGUCGAAAACCUGUUAUAGUUAUAGGGAUUGCUGCAGUGGUUAUAUUCAACACUCUCUUUGGCCUUAGUGUAAACUUUUGGAUGGCUAUUACUACAAGGUUUCUUCUGGGAAGUUUGAAUGGUUUACUUGGACCAAUAAGGGCAUAUGCAAGUGAAGUUUUCCGAGAAGAAUACCAAGCUUUAGGAAUAUCAACAGUUAGUACAGCAUGGGGCAUAGGAUUGAUUAUUGGUCCUGCAUUGGGAGGAUUUCUCGCACAGCCGGCAGACAAAUAUCCAAAUUUAUUUUCCAAAGAAUCUUUGUUUGGGAGAUUCCCAUACUUCUUGCCCUGCCUUGCAAUAUCAAUUUUUGCAUUGGGAGUAAUGAUAGCUACUUGCUGGCUUCCGGAAACAUUGCACAUGCAUGGAGAAAAUGUAUCACCUGAUGCCUCGGAGGAAGGUUUAGAAACUGGAUCCUCUGGGUCUAAUGUAAACGAAAAAACAAAACAGAUUGAGGGAAGAGGUCCAAUUGCUAAGGAAAGCCUCCUAAAGAAUUGGCCUCUGAUGUCAUCUAUCAUUGUUUAUUGUGUUUUCUCACUUCAUGAUAUGGCUUACACAGAGAUAUUCUCCUUAUGGGCUGUCAGCCCUCGAAGUCACGGGGGUUUGAGCUACUCAACCAAGGAUGUUGGCAAAGUUCUUGCAAUCACAGGUUUUGGCCUUCUCGUUUUUCAACUUUCUUUAUAUCCGUUAAUGGAGAAAUUUCUUGGGACCGUUAUGGUAGUUCGCAUCGGUGGUGUUGUAUCCAUACCUUUGUUAGCAAGUUACCCAUACAUAGCCUUGUUAUCUGGAUUGAGCCUCGCCUUCGUACUAAAUUGUGCUUCUGUGGCGAAGAAUGUCUUAUCUGUGUCCAUUAGCACUGGCUUAUUCCUUCUGCAAAACAGAGCUGUGGAGCAACACCAAAGAGGAGCUGCUAAUGGCAUCUCUAUGACAGCAAUGUCUCUAUUCAAAGCAGCUGGUCCAGCUGGAGGCGGUGUAAUAUUUUCUUGGGCACAAAAGCGUCAAGAUGCGGCUUUCCUUCCAGGUGACCAGUUGGUUUUCUUCAUCUUGAAUGUGAUUGAGGCAAUUGCAGUGUUGAUGACAUUCAAACCAUUUCUUACUCAGAAAGUAAAUGCCAUUCUUAGAUGAAUGUGAUUAAAUCUCAUGAAAUUGGUGAAGAAGAUUCUCUAGACAAGCAUUGAUUCUUCCUUGUAGUGGUAGAUCACCCAAUUGAUCAGUGCAAUAUAAAUAAAAGAAUCCAAUGGUAUAAGUAUAAUCAUUUUUGUCUAAUUUCCUUCAUUUGUUUCUUAUCCACACAUCUUUAUCAACCAGAUUGUAUCAUAAUUUAAUAUAGCGAGUGCUGCAUCUAAAUUUUUUUA